AUGCGCUCCACCCACCAUCGAACCAACCUUCGACAUACUGCUGUUGUACAUCUCAGUCGAAAGAGGACUGAAGCCACCCAACGGCUGAAUGAGGCCGAAGAAGCCCUCCGUACUCUGAGGAUCUCCGAUCCCACCCUUACUGCUGCUUAUUUCGAGAAUAAGUGGGCUGAGCAAAAAGCACGGCAGCUGGAUGUAAUCACCGAGACCCAGAAACAGAAGAGGGAAAGGGUCUCUGUUUUGCUGGGAUUAGAAGAGGAGCUAAUUGAAUCACUCAAACGUCUCAACGACAUUCAAAGCAAGCACCGAAGAGUACGCACACAGGCUGAUAACGUGGCGCUGAUGGCGCUACCAGGCACUGUAGCUAGUGUUGAGGAGCAAAUUGAAGCCAUGGCCGAUGAACUAGGAGGGACUGAGUUUCGUGGUUUAGCUGGAGCCACACGCAAUCAGACCACCGCAUUAUUGGCCCUCUCCGUUGCGCAAGGCAAGUUGUAUGAAGCAAGGGUCGGCCUCACAGAGGCAAGGCUACGUCGACAUCGUAACACCGGUGGGAUUCCAUCCUAUGUGGAAUACAAUUCAUACUGCCGCCAAGUCGCCAAAUACGCAGUCGAUUACCCAAACGCCGUGCAGCCCGAGAUGCCAGACCUGGAGACGGUCAUGUCGAUGCCCUUGGGCGACCCAUUCUGGAAUCGAGGUGAAAUACCUCCAGAAGAACAAGAAGCGGCGGAAAGAGAUAGACUAGGUAUUCAAAGCUUCCUAUCGCGACGGAGCUCUGAAGAAGAGCUGCGACGCAUUGCGCGCGAGGUGCGCCAAAUUACCGGUUGGGCAAACUCGUACCUUGGUCGAAUAACGACGCUGAAGCAGCGAGUGGCGGCAGCCCCGGUUGGCACCAAUUGUGAUAGAAUGGCGUGCAUAUGUAGCAUAGUAUCCAAAAAGGCUUGUAAGCUUUGGAAGAGAUGGGGAGUUGAGCUGAAACGCCAGCUUCAAGAAACUGGUACGCUGCUCGAGAACACUCGCGAAAUGGAUGAGUUAUUGAAAGCGGGGUUUGAGAAGGUAACGCAAUGGACCGAGAAGUUGUGGAGGAAAAUGGCAGGCAUUCAGGCCGAGGAGCCAGACCUGUACGAGGAAGCUGAGGACGAAGAGUAUGAAAGGUUGUAUGAUUUAAACGGUGAAAUGAGAGAAAUGAGAAUAUGA